UGAUGACCGUGUUCGUCAAAAUAUAGAUCGACACGAUGAUGCGGACCUGAUAACUGCUCCGUUACGCCAUGGCACAGAGAAGCAUCACCGCGCGAUCAACAAGAACAAGCACGACACUCGAGUGUACAACUAUUGCGUUUCUCAUGGUUGGAAUCCUAAGAAAG